CCCGUAACCAAUAUUCACUUAGUCAACAAAACAUUCUUUGUAACAAAUUUCCAGUUCGAUUAAAAUCCCUACUUCUACUUUGGUUGUUUUCCCUUAGUCACCAUCAAUCCUCUUCACUUACAGUACAAAAUCCAAUUUUACAUGGUUCCUCCUACAUCUGGAAAAAAGCGAUUACCAUGCAAGAUACUUGUUCAUAAUCUCCCCGAAGGGCUUCCGGAAGAUAUUUUCUUAAAGUCCAUUGCGUCGUUUCACCCUUUUAUAAAUUGGCACCGGUAUCAUCAAGGAAAAAAGCAAAACCCACCCCAACCAAAUUUUCCUUCUUUCGCAUAUUUAAAAUUUCGAUCAGAAGCACACGUUCAUGACUUUUUUCGCUUCUAUCAGGGGCAUGCCUUUGUCGACAAAGAUGAUCAUGUCUACCGUGCUUUGGUACUAGUUGCUCCUUUUCAAAAAGUUCCACCUAUUAAACUGAAGCCUGACUCUUUCAACGGAACCAUCGAAGACGACCCUGUUUUUAAAAAUUUUGUAGAUAAGUGGAAUGAGAGCUUAAUGCCUCCUCCUCCUCCUUCGCCUUCUCACUAUGCAUACAAUGCUUCAACUCCGUUGCUUCAUUACUUAGCUGAAAAACGCGGCACAACUGGUACAUCAACGAAACCAAAAAAAUCAAAAAAGGAAAAAAAGCAAAGGUCCAAGAAAGUCAAGCAAGAAGCUUCACUCCCAAAGUCUGCUGUGACCUCAGACCAAUCUACGGGCCAUAGUUCCUCUCAAUCUUUGGAGCCAAAAGAACAACUGAAACAAGAACUAAUUCCCCCAAAACCUAAGAGCAAAAAAAAGGCAAAACCAAAAAAACCCAUGAAAGCUUCUGCCUCGUCUACAAAUACAGCAGAUUCAGUGCCUAAACCCAAUGAAAGUACUAAAGUAGUACCGAAGAAAAUAGCUCCAAAGAAAAAGAAACCUCAAACAAAAGGGGAAAAGGACUAAAUUCUUCGUAAUAAACAGUUCUUUUUUCCUUUUUACGAGCCUCAUGUUCAACCUGUUUUCAUUGUUGUUAUUUAUACUAUAAAUAUAAAAUAUUAUAUCUUGUUAAAUAGAAUUUACUUGUUUCACA